AUGCCUCUCGACUUCCAGCCAUUUUUGCACCGCUUCCUCAAGCAGUCCGACCACAAAGCCACCGCUCAACCGCCAGUCAAGAACAGCCUCAUCGCCCCAGGGGAAACUCACCUACCGAGAGCCGGAUAUGGCUCGACCUCAACUAUGGAGCCGGGUCGCAAAGACUCUUCAGGGAGCUUCACGUUCAACCUGAAAGAUGUCGAACACCUGUAUCCUCGUCCCCACCCCUCGCAUAACCACUUCCAGCCGCAACGACGAGGGAGCGUCUGGGACAGCUUGACCGAGCUUUCUGGAUCUAGAAAAACCAGUCGCUCAAAUUCCGUUAUCGCUAUUCCACCGCGCGAAGACUGGGAACACUGGGCAGAUACUAAUCUCCCCAAGGACCAGGCGCUUGAAAAGGACAGGAUGGCUGCCAUUACAAAGAAAUACGGCGACAUUAUCCAGGUCACAGGACUGGGCGACUACGCCGUAAUACUCCAGGCCCAUAAAGUCCAGUAUUGCCCUCCACUGGAUAACUACUACGGCCUGAAAGUCUUCCGCAGCCGCCCCGAGGAAAGCCGAGAUAACUACACGAAGCGGGUGACGUCUGAGUUCGCAAUCGUCUCGGAGCUCCGUCAUCAGAAUAUCAUCAGGACAUUCGAGCUCCUCCCCAUUGGCGGCGGCGGGAAUCUCUGCGCGUGCAUGGAAUACUGCGCCGGUGGGGACCUGCACUCGCUCAUUACUGCAGCUCGCAAACUGCCAGAAGACGAAGCAAACUGUUUGUUGAAGCAGCUCCUCCGCGGUGUCCGUUACCUUCACGAGCAAGGCGUCGCGCAUCAAGACCUCAAGCCCGAGAACCUCCUUCUCACCCCCCGAGGGUGUCUGAAGAUCUCUGACUUUGGCCAUUCACAACGCUUCCGUGGGCCUAGCGAUGAUAAGAGCUAUGUGCGGCGGGCUACAGAAAGACGCGACUCGAGGCCUUACCUCUCCCCUGAGCAAUAUCUCGACGGCGAGUUCGACCCUCGUUGGGCUGAUGUCUGGGCUGCGGCUAUCGUCUACGUUGCUAUGAGGACAGGGCGCAACAUGUGGAAAGAGGCGACGGAGGAGGAUGAAGAGUUCAAGCAGUUCAAGGGGACGGGGAAGAAUGCCUUGCUUGAUGAGAUCUACAAUGGCCCAAGCCGCAGAACUCUCCUACGCAUGCUGAGCGUCGACCCGACUAGCCGCCCUGGCGCAGCUGAAGUACUCUCCUCGGACUGGCUUCAGAGCGUCCAAACCUGUGUCCCUCCCACUGAGACUUAG